AUGACAGGUGGAUGCUCGCAGACCAGAGUAAGAGUCGAUGCAUCCCUGUCCAUUCACAGGCAAUCGCGAUCCAGCUUUUUUCAGACUGAUCUUCGCGCUCCGAGGACUCAGCUCUUCAGGAGCUUCUCCUCUGAAGCGAAAGUUAAUGAUAACCUUCGAAACAUUGCAGUCAUUGCGCACGUUGAUCAUGGAAAAACUACUCUCGUUGACAAGCUGAUUCAGCAAUGUGGUGGUAAGACAGAGAAUGAGAGGUGCAUGGAUUCACUCGAUCUGGAGAAGGAGCGCGGCAUCACCAUCAUGGCCAAAUGCACGAGCAUGAUGUGGAAGGAUAAGAAGCUGAACUUAGUCGACACUCCCGGCCACGCAGACUUUGGAGGAGAAGUGGAGCGAGUGAUGUCGAUGAUUGAUGGAGUGCUCCUCCUGGUUGAUGCUGCUGAGGGCCCAAUGGCACAAACCAAAUUCGUGCUCGGAAAAUCUCUUGCACGUGGAUUGCGGCCAAUCGUCGUAAUCAAUAAAGUCGACAAGGAUAGCAGCAGGGUCAGGGAAGUAGAAAAUGAAGUUUUUGAUUUGUUCAGCUCGUUGGACGCAAGUGAGGACCAGCUGGACUUUCCGAUCGUCUAUGCUUCUGGAAGAAGUGGCUGGGCAGAUCUUGUACAAGAUGGUCCAAGGCAAGAUAUGUCUGCUCUCCUAGAUUUGAUAGUCAGUCACGUUCCUCCACCGAAAGGGGAUGUGACAGCUGCAUUUUCCAUGAGCGUGACCAUGUUAAGCUCUGAUACCUUUCUUGGAAGACUUCUGAUUGGCCGGAUACAUUCAGGAGUCGCGAAAGUGAAUGAUCCUAUCCAUGCUUUGAACAUGGCGGGUCAGAAGAUCGAGCAAGGAAGAAUCACAAAAAUCUUGUACAGGGAGGGAGAACAAGGAAUUUUGCCCCUUGAAAGUGCGAGUGCUGGAGACAUCAUUCAGCUAGCAGGCUUGUCAAAGGCGUCAAUCAGCGACACAAUCUGCUCUGUAGAAGUAGAGAAGCCUCUGGAAACAAUUGCCAUCGAUCCUCCAACUGUUUGCAUGACCUUCAGUCCGAAUGAUUCUCCAUUGGCCGGAAAAGAUGGCAACAAAUUGACUUCUCAACUUAUCCUUGAGAGAUUGCAAAAAGAAGCGGAAAACAAUGUCAGUAUUCAGGUUGGAACUCUGGUCCCCGGAUGUGCGGGGGAAAGUUUUGAAGUUUACGGAAGAGGAGAACUGCAGUUGGGAAUUUUGUUGGAAAACAUGAGACGGGAGGGUUUUGAGUUGUCUGUUUCUCCUCCUCAGGUUGUCUUCAAAGAAGAGAAUGGCGUGAAAUUGGAGCCAAUUGAAGAAGUUGUCAUUGAAGUUGAUGAUGAAUUUGUUGGAAGUGUCGUCAACAAAUUGACAGCCCGCAAAGGCGUGGUUUGUGAGAUGAAAGAGAGCAAUGAGAAGGGCCGGACUCGAAUUCGAAUGAAUGUUCCUACCCGUGGCUUGCUGGGAUACAGAUCGAUCUUUUUCACCGACACUAGAGGUACUGGGAUUUUGACAAGAAUUUAUCUGGAGCAUCAAAAAUACCUCGGCAAUAUCGACAACAUGAGGAAGGGCGUGCUCGUUUCCAUGGCUACAGGCAAGACAACAGAGUAUUCGCUCAAGGAUUUAGAAGCUCGCGGAACAUUGAUUGUUGGUCCGCGUGUCGAAGUAUAUUGUGGAAUGAUAUUUGGAGAACACUCGAAGGAAACUGAUUUGGAUGCAAAUCCCACCAAGACCAAACACGUGUCAAAUGUGCGAACAACUGAUGGCAAAGAUGAUCUCGUUCAGCUCAAAGCGCCUCGUAAAUUCAACCUUGAGGAGUGUCUUUCGUAUAUCAUGGAGGACGAGGUGCUCGAAGUGACACCGAAUGCCCUCCGGAUGCGCAAGAAAGAGCUUGACCCAGGCAAACGGCAGAGGGCGUCAAAGAACAAGAAAUGA